CCGUGGUCCCGGAGAGGAGAUCCAGGAGUUUGAGGAACUCUCCAGCUGUUGCGUUAUUGGCAGUCAGACCGUAAAGAUGCUUCCCAGAGCGCUCGCGGUGCUAAUCUCUGUAUUCAGCCUCACGGAGAGCAAACAGAAAGACUUGUACACUUUUAAAGUAGUGAACAGCAGGGGGAAGUUAGUGUCCCUGGAAAAAUACCGGGGUUCGGUAAGUCUGGACCUGAACAGUGUUUUAAAUUGUGAAGGCUGUCACUUCUUCUUCUUCUUUCAUACUUCAGAGUCUUCUGGAAAGGAGCCCGACUGGAACUUCUGGAAGUAUCUCAUCGAUGUAAACGGCAAAGUGGUGGAUGCAUGGGGGCCGAAGGUUUCUGUCAAAGAAAUCCAACCCAAAAUAGCUGAAAUGGUGCGGCAGAUCAUCCUAAAGAAGAAAGAAGAGCUUUAACCCCCCGUUAAAAAGACCCCUUAGUGUUAGUGUUAGACUUAAAUUCACUGCUGCAUAACCCAAUACAGAGAUCAACUGAAUCCAUUUAUUGUGCUUGGACAAUCUGACUUGGUUAGAAUAAACCGUUAAAUUCACGUCACAUAGUGAAAGCAAGUGCCCCUGUCUCUCUGAAAGCACUGACGACACACCACUAGCUUUUUAAAUUCAAUGUUAAGUUUAAUGUCCGGUGGAUGAGAUUUGAAGCUGCAGCUUUAAGCCAAAGAGCUCCGGUCUUCCGUCAUGUGGGUUAUGUGAUUGGUUUUUUAUAUUCAUUGUGAUUAUUGGAAUAAACCUUUACUGUGAUGAGAGUGAUA